UUAAAUCACUCAGAAGACAACGCAUCCACAACACUGCUGGACAUUUACGCAUUAUAUUCCCUUUCUUAAAUUAUCCCCCCUCAGCUUCGCGAUACCGCCCCCAAUUUCAGUGUCGGUACGGAGCCGCCAGGCCGGGACAGAGACGGAGAGAGAGCCCUCGGCCAUGGAAGCGCUCGGACCCGACCCCCCUAUAGGCCCGCCGGCCCCGCCCUCCCUCUUCCAGCCCCCACGGAGGCCUGGCAUGGGCACCGUGGGGAAGCCCAUCCGCCUGCUGGCCAACCACUUCCAGGUGCAGAUUCCCAAGAUUGAUGUCUAUCACUACGAUAUCGACAUCAAGCCUGAGAAACGGCCAAGGAGGGUUAACAGGGAGGUGGUGGACACAAUGGUUCGCCACUUCAAGAUGCAGAUCUUUGGUGAUCGACAACCGGGCUACGACGGGAAGAGAAACAUGUACACGGCCCAUCCACUACCCAUCGGGAGAGACAGGGUGGAUCUGGAAGUAACUCUGCCGGGGGAGGGUAAGGACCAGAUGUUCAAGGUGUCUCUGCAGUGGGUGUCAGUGGUGAGCCUGCAGAUGCUCCUGGAGGCCCUGUCGGGCCACAACGAGGUCCCCGAGGACUCUGUUCAGGCCCUGGAUGUCAUCACCCGCCACCUGCCUUCCAUGAGGUACACCCCAGUGGGGCGCUCCUUCUUCUCCCCUCCGGAGGGCUACUACCACCCCCUGGGCGGAGGGAGGGAGGUGUGGUUCGGCUUCCAUCAGUCGGUACGUCCUGCCAUGUGGAACAUGAUGCUCAACAUCGAUGUCUCCGCCACUGCUUUCUACCGUGCCCAGCCCGUGAUUGAGUUCAUGUGCGAGGUGCUCGACAUCCAGAACAUCAACGAGCAGACCAAGCCACUCACCGACUCCCAACGCGUCAAGUUCACCAAGGAGAUCCGAGGUGGGUGGGGACCUGCAGGUCUGAAAGUUGAGGUCACCCACUGUGGUCAGAUGAAGAGGAAGUAUCGCGUGUGCAAUGUCACUCGCCGCCCCGCCAGCCACCAAACGUUCCCCUUACAGCUGGAGAAUGGCCAGGCCAUGGAGUGUACCGUGGCUCAGUACUUCAAGCAGAAGUACAGCCUACAGCUGAAAUAUCCCCACCUGCCCUGCCUACAAGUGGGGCAGGAACAGAAACACACCUACCUACCCCUGGAGGUUUGUAACAUUGUGGCCGGGCAGCGCUGCAUCAAGAAGCUGACAGACAACCAGACCUCCACCAUGAUCAAAGCUACAGCACGUUCUGCACCCGACAGGCAGGAAGAGAUCAGCCGACUGGUCAAAAGCAACAGCAUGGUGGGCGGUCCCGACCCUUACCUGAAGGAGUUCGGAAUCGUGGUGCACAACGACAUGACAGAAGUGACUGGCCGAGUCCUCCCAGCACCCAUGCUGCAGUAUGGGGGCCGGCUUAGUACCGACACUGGCCGGGACUGUGGCAGGGGACUCUCUCCGCAGAACAAGACAGUUGCCACGCCUAACCAGGGCGUAUGGGACAUGCGGGGGAAGCAGUUCUACGCCGGGAUCGAGAUCAAGGUGUGGGCCGUGGCCUGCUUCGCCCCACAGAAACAGUGCAGAGAGGACCUGCUCAAGAGCUUCACAGACCAACUGAGAAAGAUCUCGAAGGAUGCCGGUAUGCCCAUCCAGGGCCAGCCGUGUUUCUGUAAAUACGCCCAGGGAGCGGACAGCGUGGAACCCAUGUUCAAACACCUCAAGCUGACUUAUGUGGGACUGCAGCUUAUCGUGGUCAUCCUGCCUGGCAAAACCCCUGUCUACGCGGAGGUGAAGCGGGUAGGAGACACUCUCCUGGGCAUGGCCACUCAGUGUGUCCAGGUGAAGAACGUGGUGAAGACAUCCCCCCAGACCCUCUCCAACCUCUGCCUCAAGAUCAACGCCAAGCUGGGGGGCAUCAACAACGUCCUGGUGCCCCAUCAGAGACCCUCUGUGUUCCAGCAACCCGUCAUCUUCCUGGGGGCAGACGUCACUCAUCCUCCAGCCGGCGACGGCAAGAAGCCCUCCAUCGCGGCGGUGGUGGGCAGCAUGGACGGCCACCCCAGCCGCUACUGUGCCACGGUGCGCGUGCAGACGUCGCGCCAGGACCUGUCCCAGGAGCAGCUGUACAGCCAGGAGGUCAUCCAGGACCUGACCAACAUGGUGCGUGAGCUGCUGAUCCAGUUCUACAAGUCCACGCGCUUCAAGCCCACCCGCAUCAUCUACUACCGUGGCGGCGUGUCCGAGGGCCAAAUGAAGCAGGUGGCGUGGCCAGAGCUGAUUGCCAUCAGGAAGGCCUGUAUCAGCCUAGAGGAGGACUACCGACCGGGCAUCUCCUACAUCGUGGUUCAGAAACGCCACCACACCCGACUCUUCUGCUCAGACAAGACCGAGAGAGUUGGAAAGAGUGGCAACGUCCCAGCCGGAACCACGGUGGACAGCACAAUCACCCACCCCUCAGAGUUUGACUUCUACCUGUGCAGCCAUGCUGGGAUCCAGGGCACCAGCCGGCCCUCCCACUACCACGUCCUGUGGGACGACAACUGCUUCACGGCUGACGAGCUCCAGCUGCUCACCUACCAGCUGUGCCACACCUACGUCCGCUGCACCCGCUCUGUCUCCAUCCCCGCGCCAGCCUACUACGCCCGGCUGGUGGCCUUCCGCGCCCGCUACCACCUGGUGGACAAAGAUCACGACAGUGCGGAGGGCAGCCACGUGUCGGGCCAGAGUAACGGUCGGGACCCCCUUGCCCUGGCCAAGGCAGUCCAGAUCCACUAUGACACUCAGCACACUAUGUAUUUCGCCUGAGCCACGUGAGCAAUGUGUGCAGUUCUGUCCUCUAUCUCCUCUCUCUUUUUGCCAGUCUUUCUCUAUCUUUGUCUUGCGUCUUGAUGUGCACCAAAGCGGUUCGAAGCCAGUGAAGUAUGCCAGUGGAGUAUUUUCCUUUUUUGGGAAAAACGACAUCCGGCGUUCCCGAUCGAAGCCGCCCUCUACCAGCAAUCCGGCACCGAGAGACCGUUGGGGUUUCCGAUGCACAGGGAAAACAAACAAAAAACACAAGUUGAGCCAUUUUUUUUGUUUGGAGGGGGUUGUUUGUUUUUUGAACGUCUCUUGCUUUUGAAAGAUACACUGAGCAAUGGAGCGGACUGACGCCAAUUGUCAGUGGCAGCUCUUAGCUCUCCCAGCUAAGCAGGACUACUUUUUACCUCAAAGCCCUUUCGGGGCGAAAAUCUGACAAGUUCUUGGGUUGGGGGGGUCAUGGGGGGUUUGCAUGGAAACAUUGGUGGAGAGGAUCUUUUGAGAAUGAUAUAUAUAUAUAUAUAUAUAUUUUUUUCUUCUUUUAUGAUCGUGUUUUAACUUUCUCCUUUUCUUCAGUCUUUUACAAGCGAGGUCACCUGGGUAUCCAUACCCAUUAGUCUUCUCCCAUUUAGCGAAGAAUUAAGUGCUUGAGUGUGUGUGUGUGUGCGUGUUUGUUUGUGUGUGCGUGUGCAUUUGUGUAUAUACGUGUGUGUGUGUGUGUGUGUGUGUGUGUGUGUGUGUGUGUGUGUUUCAUGGCAGGCCAAUGAAUUGUAAAGGGAAAAUCAAGAACUGCUGUAAAUGCCUCAGAUUUGAUGUUUUUUUUUUAUAUAUUCACACAUGACAUAUAUAUAUAUAUAUAUAUAUAUAUAUAUAUAAAUAUUUGCAUCUAUAGAACGGAUUGAACUAUACAGGCUUCACAGAGGCCGGUGGGUGUAUGUGUAGCAGUAGCAACCGUGGUUUAGCCGAUGUGACUGACUCUGCAUUGGGACCUAUUGAAUGGUUGAGAGCUUUUGCGGGGUUACGGCAUUGGGCUAAGCCGCCUUAUUUGGUGCCCCAUGUGAGGAAGGAGAUUCAUCCCUUAAACCUGUUUGUCUGAAUGGUUAUGACAUUGUUAGGGCGGCGCAUGGUUUUUUAGCAAGGCGCUAGUCGUCUGAAUUUUUCGGAGGCGGAAAACCCAUUCGCUUAACUUUUGCGGUCUCCUUUGCUACCGGCCAAUUCAUUGCACUGACCCGGGACGCGAGGCAAGCAACAGAGGGCACACUCUCUUACCUUUUUUUAUGCAUUUAUACAUCAGAAUCAAAAAGCAGAAUUUGUAAGAGUUUAAUAUAAAAUCGUUUUGUGGCUAAUCUUAACUGUUGUUCAGACUUAGUAGUUAUAUUUGAUGUUGUUGUUAUCUACAUUUAUGAUAAUUAUCAGACUGGCAGCAAUCGGAUGUGUAGUUAUUAGAUCAGGGUAAGAGAGGCUGGGUUUAGAUUUGCACACUUUGGUAGCAUUCUGGCCUACGGUGGAGGGAGGCCCAAGGUGUAUCGGUUUAUGCUCCCUUCUGCUCCUCAGUGAUGUAGUAGGGAAGGGUUUGGCUGUGUUCUCCAGUAGAAAAGAUCUCUGUUGAGCUAUCACCGUUACCCCAGACUGGUAAAACAGGAGGCAGAAGAGUACUGUUGGCAGCAGGGGAUUUCGGUUCGAAAUGGAAGAAAGGUGACAAUCCGAGCUGGCACUAGGAAGAAACUGGGACCGAGCGAGUGGUAAAAAGAAGUAUGCAAUAGGCAAUGAGUAGAAUUUUUAGAACUUCAUAAUGUGUAUCUAUGACUGUUUGUGUGUAUUUGAACAAGUAUAUCUAUUCAAGUCUAAACUUUUGGUGUUUUACAUUUUUUUUAAAAAUAAGGUUUUGAAAACCGGAUAUGAAUUGACAUAAAGCAUAAACACUGCCCAUGGACCUAAGAACACCUGACCAGUCACGACCACGGUUAAAGAUCCUAUUUAACCAGUCGUGGUUAAGGUUAUUGCCGUGCAAGACUGCGGUUAGGAUGGGGAGGGGGGGGUGUCGACUGCGGUGCACCCACCUCGCCAGGGGGGUCGGCUCUGCGAAAAACCCUUUUCUAAUAAACCAUCCGUAAAGCAGCAGGUUUGCUAUGAAUGAGUUUGAGCCCCGGCCUGUCGAGGGCUUGGGCGCGCCGGCCUGUCGAGGGCGAGGCAUGGUGGGGUUCCAGGCAUUGCAUGCAAUAAGUUUUGAGGGGUGGGGCUGAGUUGUUGAAGACGUGCACUAGUUUUCCUACGGGGAAAGAGGGCUGCAGAGAGCCAGGUGUUGUAGUCUGUGCCCCUCUGUGGGUGUGACCAGACUGGAGGAGUGUGCAGGAUGUGGGUGUGGUCUCCUAGCAGGGGAUCCAAAAGGCGGUGAUGACUCCUCAAUUUUGAACAUAUUAUCAUUGCAAAGCAAUAUUAACUCUAAAUCCAGUUUUCGAAUGUGUAAAAAUGUAUAAUUCUUCUUGUCGACGUGGCUGUUGGUCUGCUCUCUGUCGCCGUUUCUGGAACUAUUUUUUUUGUUUUUUGUUGCCUGUAUCAAUCAGUGGGAAUGUGCAUUCGGUGGACUAGCUCUUUAGGCACUGAGAAAAAAGGUCAAAACAUUUAGACUUUUCUCACCUGCAUGCCAGAGUUUUGUCCCUAAAAAUAAAAUAAAAAAAUAUAAAAAAAUAAACUCUUUAGAAUUAAGCGAGACAGAAGGUGAAGAAAUAUUGGGUAAAUGUAUAUGAAUUUAGUGAGACUGUUUUAGGCUAGCAAUAUUGUCCAGUCUCUUAAAGAUGUUUUUGAAAGAUUCCUACACAAAUGUCAGUAAAAAAAUAAAAAACGGAGGCACAGGCCGCUGGAGGUUGAGCGUUCGAGCCUUUGCAUCGUGACCCGAAGUUAAACGAGGUACUUUCUUCAAAAGUGGGCCGGGUAAAGACUUGACCCCUCGCCCCCUCACAGGCCCCAGUGUAGCGUCCAUUUAGGCCUCCACUUCCUGGUUUGUGCCCCUGCCACGCCUCUCGGGGCUCCCUAGUCUCGUGGCGCCACCCUGCUGGCCACCCACACAAGCACAUUUCCUCUCUGUGGGGGGCCUCGCCCAAGGCGUCCACAGCCACAGGAAUACCUCUUUUUAACAUUUUUAACGAUCCAUUCUUUCUGUGCCCCGUUUGAAAGAGAGCAUGAUUUAUUUUUUAAUUCCUCUUUGAUAUAAUGUCUACAGAUUUGUUAUUUGACAUUGUAAGUGUAAGUAAAAAAAUUUAGUUCUUUAUUCUCGUGUGUAGCUCUGCUGUUUUCUGCUAGUGUUCUGAGCUGUGUGACUGUCCAACAGCAAUAGAACAGUACCCUGUCUGACCUGCUGGGGAGGGGUGGGGCUUCCUCAGGCCCCUCCCACAAGGGUGCCCAAUCACUUGCUGUAUUGCUAUGUGACAUGUUUUAAACUUUUUUUUUAGCCUGCAGGGAAUAUUUGUGUUAUUGUGUAAAGUAAUAAAUUGGUAUUUUAUGCCUAUAUCAUA